AUGACUGGGGACCCCACCUGCUGUUCUGUGGUUGGCAUGCAGUUUUGGCAGGCAGCUGAGUCUCCGCUCCGUGCAGACUUGUGCUUUCUGGCACGUCGUGGCAGUGGCACUUGCUGGUUUGACUUCCUGACGUCGAUGCCCUCAUGCUGUUGCAUUCCUUUCUCUCAGGAUCUUCCUGAUGUCCAGGAGCUGAUUGCUGAGGUCAAUGCUGAGAAAUACUCCCUUCAAGCUGCAGCCAUCUUAGACACAGAUGAUGUUGCUGAGGUGCCCACACAGCAGCAGAUUAAAGACAACACGCCUCUGUCUGACCGAUUGGAAAAUUUCCGGCUAGAUCCCACCCUCCUGAGCAAGCAGCCCAAUCUGGUGCAGUUCCCUCCAGACUUCCAGCCAAUUCCAUGCAAGCCUCUCUUCUUUGACCUGGCUCUCAACCAUGUGGCUUUUCCAUCUCUUGAUGACAAGGUUGAGCAGAAGGGCAAGGGUGGCAUCACUGGCUACUUCAGAGGCUUCUUUGGCUUUGGAAGCUAGAUCUAGUCUCCGGUUUUGUUUUGGUUGUAUUUGUAGUCAUCUGAAUACAGAUCUCUCUUCAAGAGAGAGUUAUGGAUCCUUAUUCUGUUAAACCAUUUUCCCCAAAACAUGCCAUUAUAGAUUUAAGAAGGUGUAAGUGUAGCCUGUUUGGUAGUAAAUUCAUAUUGACUGAAUUAGAGGUGAUAUUAAGAGACAGUUUAUGCAAUGUUUUCAUCUUGCAAGAACGUGUUAUAUAAAUCCUGCCAAGUGUCAGUGGUAAUGCUUGGUGUCACUACUCCCUCUUUAAUCUAGAGUAAAAAGUUUGCUGGGUCUAUCUUACAUUUUUUUUUUUUUUUUUUUUUUUUUUUUUUUUUUAUCAUAAACUUUUGAACUAAGAUGCCUUUGUUUGCCUAGACCUGAUCUCAAUCUUCCCAGCUCAUUAUAUAAAAGUGGACUUAUUUCCCUCAAGAAGUCUACACUUUAACAAUGCUCAAGAUCUAGAAUUCCAGCUAUGAGAAUUUUUUUUGUUUAGUUUUGUUUUCUCAUCUAUGUUGGAGGAUUUUUGUCUCUGCAAAUAAUGUCUGCAUGUACCUUAGAAAUAUACACUGGUGCAAUUUUGUUUAAAAAGUCAUAACUUUGUUUUAAGAUAAUUCAAAACACAAGCCAUUGAAAGGAAAUGGUUUGUUAGUGCUUUACCUGUUAUUUGUUUCCUAAUAAGAUUUGCUAUCUUUUGUUGUUUAACUAAUUGCUUUUAACUUGCAGAUGAGUUGCUUUUUUCCCCCUUGUUUCAUCAGUUUUGUGCAAAUGUUUGUGAGAGCUAAUUUAAUCUUCACCAGACAGAGAUCAGACCAUUAUAAUGACUGUUAAAAUGGAUUGGAUAUGAUAAAUAUUAAAACAGAUUUUUAGUUUGAAAUUUCCCGAUUUAAAAAUAAAAAACCUUUCUGGUCAUCACUGCA